CAUCACUCUCCAGCUUCCCCCAGCCAAAGCCAAAGCAGGGGAACACGCCGCGUCUCCCCUCUCUCUCCUGCUCUCUGCUGCUGCUGGUGGCGGUGGAAGAGAGAGAAACGAAGAGCACGUGAUGCACCACGCGCUUCUCACACUCCAGAGGUGGAGGGGAAGAAGAGCAGAGCAUCGCGCUUGCUUUCCUCUUCCUCCGGUUGCUUCCCCGCGUCGCCAUUGCCGCCACCUCCACCCUCCUCAUCUGUCCUUCCCCUUUUUCCUAAUGCGUGCAAGCCAUCCUCCCCCACAUCCUCACCUCCCCUCUUCUUCCCACACUACUCCCCCACUCAUCACCAUUCUACUAUAAAAACUCACCAUCCUCCCAAAUCUUUCUUCCGUUUCUUGAUUUUGUGUGCUAUCUUGGCUUCGCCGGCGAUGGGGAAUCGUCACGGCAUUAUGCGGCCACGGCGGCUGGCGAGUGGGCGGUCGGCGGCGGAGGAGGAGGAGGACGGGGAGGGGGAACCUGGGUCGUACGAGGCGGCGUGCAGCGCGGACCCGGAGCUGGGGACGUUCGACACGGCGCUGCGGCGGCGGGCGAGCCGCGCCAUCACCGCGGUGGCGUCCGGGGUGGAGGUGCGGUCGCUGUCGCUGGGCUCGCUCCGGGAGGUCACCGGCUGCCUGCUCGACAUGAACCAGGAGGUGGUCCGCGUCGUGCUCGACUGCAAGCGCGACGUGUGGCGGAGCCCCGACCUGUUCGACCUCGUCGAGGACUACUUCGAGGGCAGCCUCCACACCCUCGACUUCCUCGCCGCGCUCGACAAGUCCCUCCACCGUGCCCGCGACUCCCAGCUCGUCCUCCACCUCGCCCUCCAGCGCCACCACCACGAACCCCCCGCCGCGGCGUCGGCGUCGGAGCUGUACGCGAGCACGCUCGGCGAGCUGCGCCAGUUCAAGGCGGCCGGCGAGCCGUUCACGGACGAGUUCUUCGCCGCGUUCCAGACCGUGUACCGGCAGCAGAUGUCCAUGGUGGGCAAGCUCCGGCGCCGGAAGCGCCGCCUGGACCGCCGCCUCCGCUCCGUCCGCGUGUGGCGCCGCGUCUCCGGCAUCGUCUUCCUCACCUCCUUUGCCGCGCUGCUCGUCUGCUCGGUCGUCGCCGCGGCCAUCGCCGCGCCGCCCGUCGCGGCCGCGCUCGCCGCCGCGGCAUCCAUGCCGGUGGGCUCCGCGGGGAAAUGGAUGGACUCGCUGCUAAAGAAAUACCAGGACGCGCUCCAUGGACACAAGGAGGUGGUGAGCGCAAUGCAGGUGGGCACCUUCAUCGCCAUCAAGGACCUUGACAGCAUCAGGGUGCUCGUCGAACACCUUGAGGUUCAGAUCAGCUCCAUGGCCGAUUCCGUGGAGUUCGCAGAGCGCGACGAGGAGGCGGUGAGGUUCGGCAUAGAUGAGGUCAAGAAGAAGCUGGAAUUGUUCAUGAAGAGUGUGGAUGAUCUGGGAGAGCAGGCAGACCGGUGUAGCCGGGACAUCCGCCGCGCGAGGACCGUCGUGCUGCAAAGGAUCAUCCACCAUCCUAACUGACCCUUGGGGAGCAGAGUUCAAGAUUGCGAGGUAUUGCUCAUUGUUGUGAUGCAAUUCAUGUUGUUAAAUUGUGAUAGAUGUACAUAUGAGGUGCACUUUGCUGAAAUUUUGGAGCAAGUGAAAUUGAUAUUGACUAUUACUCUAUUAGUAUUUGGUUCGAUUUUGGUGCUAUGGUGAAACUCAAUUUGAAUGAAAUUACUACAAAUA